AUGAAAUUCCUGCUAACGUUAGCAGUUUCUCUCUCCUGUAUUUAUCAUCAGGUCUCAUCUUCUGAAUGUGGAGAGUCUACAAUACCUUUCAGCUUAGAGGUAAACACGUUACAAAAAAAUUGCGUUUACCGAGAACAUUUCUUUAACUGAACUUUCAGGUACUACCAUCAGGCCAACCAAUUCUCGGAUGUGCCCGGCCUACAUGUUUUGGCUACCAACCAAACGGUCACCAACUACUCACAACAGCCAAAUUUUUCCGGAUCAACCAGCAAUCUGACGGAUUUCUCCGAGACGAUCCGUUAGCCAUUCACACGUUUGACGCGUCUGAUCCGAGAGUCUACGGCCAGCAACAUGCGGUUAGUGAUUGGGGGAAAGUGAUAACGAAAAUGAAACAUGGGAUCACGAUGAUCGAGACAGAAAAGGCAACUAAAACCGGUUCUCGAUGACCUAUAAGUCGAGAUGAAGCGCACAGAAAAAACGGGAUAAGCCAGGCAAGGACAAUGGAAAGGAUAGGAGGUGUAGCGCGGAAAAAAAAAGAGAAAGUUCCAAAGAUAACAUGGUGUGUGUACUUCAGACAUGCGAGAAAGAGUUCCAAUCACUGUCUUGUGAAUCUGAGGAUCAAUGGGUUGGAGGAAUCGCCCCAGUCAUGAAUGCAACGACUACUACCAUGUGAGUCAAGAAUACUAGGAGAGCACUGGUAUUAUUAGUGACAAUACUUGUAACUUUUUGAAGUUCAGUUGUAUAUAACUCUCAAUUUUUCACAAUUUUCAGUGUUGCCUAUCAAUGCUGCACCUACGCUCCUCUCCGUGCUUCGAUCGACCGCGGUAUCGCCACUGUUGCGGGAGGACAAAUUGUUAUCGGAGGAGAAGUGAAGGAUAAUGAGAAACAAUACGCUUUCGACUAUAUUAGUAACAUUGAGAAGAAACUUGACGAAGAAGGAGAAGUUUAUUAUGAAGUUAACAUUAGAAGAUUCUCCUGCUUAGAUCUUCAGACUGCUGAUAGAAGUAUUGGUGAGUGGAAAAAUUGCUGAGAACUCUGACUGGUUUCGUGUUUCCAGCUGAAGUGCUAAACGCGGAGAACAUCAUUCGACAUGUUAAUGGAGCGAAGGCUGUCGCUCAUCAAGCUCCAAAUGUCCAAGUUGAAGCGCCAAUCGAAACUGGAGAACUUGUGGUGCCUAAUGGAGUUGUUGACGGACAAGAAGUAAUUAUCGAAGAGAUUGUCGCUCAACCAGGAUUUAUUCAACCGGAAAGCACUGUGGAACCUCCGCCAGUGCCAGAGCAAGGUCAAAUCCAGCCACCAAAUGGUCAGGUCCAACCUCAAGGAUUCCAACAGGGAUUCCAACAGCCUUUUCAACAGCCUUUCCAACAGCCUUUCCAACAGCCUUUCCAACAGCCUUUCCAACAGCCACAAGGAUUCCAAGGAUUCCAGCCAGUCCAACAACCAGUGGUGAGGUGUAAUUGUAAUUUAUAAUUUACAAUUAAGUUAUGAUCUUCAUUUCAAAUUUUAAUAAUCAUGAUAAUACUAAUAAUAAUGAGCUAAUCAUUUCAAUGAUAACAUUAAUAUAAUAUCAGUUGUACCUUGAUUCUCUAUGUUCUUUGAAUGAUUUGAUUUUAAUUCAAAUAAAUUCUUGAUCAAAAUCAAACAAGUUUUUUCUGAGUUUAUGUUAUAAGUUUUAAGCUACAAAAAGACAUGGUUUAUUAUCAGUUAGACAAAAGUUAUUUCAGCAAUUCCCAGCAUCUGCACAAGCCAACUAUGGAUAUAUGCCACUUGGAUUUGUGUCACCGACAGCUUUACGUAACCUUGUUAUCAAACAUUUAAUAAUUAAAUGUUUUUGUUUUCAGAAAUGUACUAUUGCUUCCCUGGCGACGCUAUUGUUAGUCUCAGAGACGGAAAGAGUAAAAGAAUGGAUGAGGUAGAAGUUGGCGACUGGAUUCAUGCGUUGCAGGCAGAUGGAUUCAAUACUAAAAUUGUACCUGUUUUGUUUUGGCUGCAUAAAGAUCCUGAACAAGAGGCGCGGUUUUUGGAGUAAGUGUUUUUUCUCCAUUUUUAUUAUUGAUGAGUGCACAGUUCUGUUGAUGUUUUAAUUUGUGUCAUUUUGAGUGGAAUAACCCGUUUUAUUCAAAUGAUGCUUUUCAAAAAACAUGCACUGCACCGUGACAAAAAACAUUUCAGAAUCUUCGUGGAUUCCGGAGACAAAAUCACAUUAACCGAGAAACACUUGAUCUAUGUCAUCAACUGCCCACCAUUCAAACCAACCACCGAAAACACGAUUGCGAACCCGGUUGCUGCAGAAAACGUGCAAAUUGGAGACUGUCUGUACAUUGCCCAAGAAAAAGUAUGACAUUGGGUGGUUUUUGUGAUUUUUUCAAUUGAAACAUGUUCAGGAGGGUAGAAAAUACUCCCGCGUAAAAGUUCUAAGCAUUAGUAGUGUGAUCAAGAAAGGAAUCUAUGCUCCAAUGACCACUACUGGCGAUCUUAUUGUGAAUGGAUUCCAUGCGUCAUGCCGUUCUGAAAAUAACAAUUAUACACUCCACAACACAUUCUUCAUGGUACUUUGACAGAUAAUAACAGCGCUACAAUAUUACAUUUCAGCAUGUGUUAUACUGGAAACAUUUGAUUGCCAGUUACAUCCGGGGAGCGAUGAAUGAGGUAAUUUUGUAAAAUGGAGUAAGCCAGAGACAAUACUUUUUCUCUUUCAGAACGACAGCGGAAUUGGUUUUGGCGCAAAUGCCUUGAGCAACAUUUUGGAUGUAAUCGUUCCAUCAAAUUUGUUGUCUUCUCUUUAA